AUGUUACUGUCGUCCUUUGUUAUUGUUACAAUUUUUUAUCAGAGCGUUGGGCAAAAUAUUCCUGUUACACCAUUUAAUCCAGCGCCAAUAUGCAUUACCGUCAACGAUCUGCCCCCACCCUAUAACGCAUCAUCGGCAGACAAGCCUUCUCAUGUCAUUCCUCCACCAAAAAAUCCGUCAUUAUUUGCUCCUGAUAAGUUCACUGUUUCAAUUUAUCAAGAUAAAUUGGCUAGUCCUCGUUAUCUCCAGAAUACACCAACAGGAAAUUUGCUUGUGACAGGUGAAAACGGCAACAAAAUCACAUUGCUCAUCGAUAGUAAUAGAGACGGCAGCGUUGACGAAUCGACCGUGUUUGCCGAUAAAUCGAAUGGUUUGAACAGUUGUUUCGGAAUGGCUUUCAAUGAUGGCUAUUUUUAUUUGGCCAAUGCGGGUGAUCUCAGACGAUAUCGAUAUGAGGAUGGCAAGAAAAAAAUCGAAGGCACCGGACGAGUGCUCAUGACAUAUCCGAGUACUUAUCAUUGGACGCGAACUGUUAUCAUCCCUCCAUGGAAAGAUCAUCUCUUUGUCUCUGUAGGAUCAGGCAGUAACGUGGAUAUUGAACCAUUACCUCAUGCCUCAAUUCAAUCGGCUAAUUUCGACGGAUCAAACAAUCAAACGUUUGUCUUUGGUACCCGAAACCCUGUGGGUCUCGCUUUUCAUCCGAUCACAAAGGACUUCUACGGCGUUGUUCAAGGACGCGAUGAGUUGGGUGAUGAUUUGGUACCGGAUUAUUUCACAAAAAUAAAUCAAGGAGAUUAUUAUGGAUGGCCGUUUGCGUACUUGUCAUCGAAAAAUAUUGAUCCAAGACACACAUUCUCUAACGGUUCAAGUCAACGACCAGAUCUCGUGAAUAAGACAAAAACGCCCGAUGUUUUAUUUCAAGCACAUUCAGCUGUGUUGGGAAUGCAAUUUUAUACCGGUCAAAUGUUUCCGCAACGAUAUCAAAACGGAGCAUUUGCUGCUUUCCAUGGGUCCUGGAAUAGAAACUCGGGAACAGGUUAUAAAAUUGUGUUCAUACCAUUCGGUGAUGAUAAUCGUCCAACAGGUUGUUACGAAGAUUUUCUCUAUGGUUUCUUAACAAAACCGGAGAUCCCUGAAACAUGGGAAGACCAGUAG